CGAACGUCAAAUCCUAGUGGAGAAGCUGUCCGUCAAGUUCCUUACAAGGGUCACUCUGCACCAAUAACUGCCAUCUCCACACAUCCUAGUCCUGGGGCAAUAAGUUUCUCCUGCCUAUUCCUCACCUCCAGCUUGGACUGGACGAUUCGUCUCUGGUCGACCCGAGAACAACGUCCUCUUCAAUGCUUUGAUGACUAUUUUGAAUACGUUUACGAUGUACAAUGGAGCCCUGUACAUCCUGCUCUAUUCGCUGCUGUUGACGGUAGCGGACAUCUGGAUAUUUGGAAUCUUAACCAGGAUGUUGAGGUGCCCGUGGUUCGUCGUUUGUUGGGCGAGCAGUCGGGCGCCUGCGCAUCCGUGGUGCAUCCAGCUUCCAUCUAUGGCUCGGUGCAAGCUGGAUCGGCGCUAAAUCGAUGCCGAUGGGACGUGAACGGCCAGUUUCUGGCAGCAGGUGACCGUCAGGGUCGAGUUACUGUUUGCUCGGUCCACGAGUCGCUCGCUAUUCCCGGUCCAGAGGCUUGGUCAUCCCUUGCUCAUACUAUGGCCGAGCUGAAGAGUUUUCGUAGCGAGGCGGAGGCCAGACUAUCCGAAUGA